AUGGAAGAAGCUAGAAAUGAAGUAUUAACAGUUGUGGCUAAUCUCAAAGCGUCUUCCCUGCUGCUUGAUAGUUAUGAUGAUGAGCACUUUGAUAUCCAUGAUGUUGUUUGGGAUGCUGCUUUAGCUAUUGCUUCGAGGGACUACCAUAUGCUUGUUUUGAGAGAUCAUAUUCCAAAGGAGUGGUCCGAUAAGGCGAAAAUGAACAGCUUGAGAGUGAUAAGCUUACCUUGUCCUAAAAUUGUAGCCGAGCUUCCUAAGGAGAUGGAGUAUUCAGGUCUUUCCUUUUUCCAUAUGGCCCGUGAUGAUUUAGUGGCAAUUCCUCCCGAUUUUUUCAGACGAAUUGAAAGUCUCAGAGUCUUGGAUUUACCUUCAUAUUCCUAUCUACCUGACUCAAUUAAUCACCUCAUAGACCUUCGCACGUUAUGUCUAAGAGGAUGUCUAGUUGAAGACAUAACCAUCAUUGGAGAGCUCAAAAAUUUAGAAAUCCUUGACCUUGCUUUGUCAAGGAUUAAAGAACUACCCAAGGAGAUAGCACAAUUGACUCGGUUAAGGUUGUUAGAUUUGAGUGAGUGUAGACAACUCAAAAUCAUCCCACCAAAUGUCUUAUCAAGUUUAUCUAAAUUAGAAGAAUUAUAUAUGGAGGGAAGCUUUGCUGAAUGGGAAAAUGAAGGAGUAGUUGAGAACGAGAGGAGAAAUGCAAGCCUUGAUGAAUUAAACAAUUUGUCUCGUCUAACUACUUUAUAUGUUCGUAUUUCCGAUAUCCAAAUGAUUCCAAAGCAUCGAUUCAUUGAGACAUUGAACAGAUACAAGAUUAUUGUAGGUGAUAUUCCUAUAUCCAUCUUGCUCCGAAGACAUGAAUGUUCAAGGACAUUGAAGCUCCAGUUAUAUACAAAUAUUUGUUUGGAUAAUGGGGUGAAAAUGUUGCUGGGAAAGGCUGAAGAUUUGUACCUAGACCUAAAAGGUCUUGAAGGCAUCAAGAAUGUACUUGCAGAGUUAAAUAAAGGGAACGGUUUUCCACAUUUACAGAGUCUUCAUGUCCUAAAUGGUAAGCAGACAUAUCAUUGGAGUUCGAAUUUGAGGAGGUUGAUCAUCACUGCAUGCGGCAAGUUGGAGCAUCUGUUGUCACCCUCUGUCGCCAGGAGUCUGGUGCAGCUCCACCGCUUUGAGAUAUGGGGCUGUGAGUCCUUAAGGGAGAUAAUGUUUACAGAGGAAAUAGAAGAAGAAGAUCAAGAAGAAAUGAAUAAUGUGAUUUGUUUCCCCCGAUUAAACUUUCUGGAUAUGCAUUACCUUCGAAACCUCAUCUCCUUCUGCUCAGGAAAUUAUAAUAUCGAAUUCCCUUUGUUGAAAAAGCUAGAGAUUGACGGUUGCCCGAAAUUAAAAGAAUUCAUUAGUGAAAGCGGUAUUGAGUCCGGCAUGCAUACUCUCUUCAAUAAGAAGGUUGCAAUUCCAAGCUUGGAAAGGAUGACAAUCAGGGGGUUGACAAAUGCGAAGAUGAUAUUUCAUAAUGAGCUACAACCAGAUUCUUUUAAAAAUCUACGAGAAUUAAGUGUUUCAGACUGUCGGAGUCUAAAAAAUCUAUUUCCAGCGUUAAUAGCCAAACAUCUUCCGCAACUUGAACGUUUACGGAUAAGAGAGUGUGGGGUGGAGGAGAUUGUAUCGGGAGGGGAAGGUGUAGAGGAGCAGCCUGUGAGUUUUGAGUUUCCCAAAGUGUCUUUCCUAGCGGUUGAAUACUUAAGCAAGCUCAAAUGUUUCUAUAAAGGGCAACAUACAAUUGUGUGGCCAAUGUUGAAAAAUUUGACCACGGAUUGUUCUGCUUUGCUAAUGAUAGUGGGUUUAGAAGAUGUUAGAAUCCAGGAAAGGAAGGGAAAUGGGGAGGCAGUUUUCUUGGUUGAAGAGGUCCUUCUCAAUUUAGAGACACUUCAGUUACUAAAUUUUAGUGGUAUGGAUCAAUUUCUAUGGGAUUUGUUCUCUCGCAUUAAGGUUUUUGAAGUGGAUGGUGGCAUUCAUAGUGGAUCUUCUUAUAUAUUUCCUCUCGUCCGAAGAUUCUACAAUUUGAAAAAUCUAAAGUUUAGUAAUUUUGAUUUCAAACAUGUAGUCCCUUGUAAGGGAGAUGUUGGGACUCUGUCACAAAUAAAAAAUCUGAAAUUGCUUUCUUCCAAAAAUCUUAAGCAUGUAUGGAGGAAAGAUUCGGAACUUGGUCAUAUUCUCACUAAUCUCCAAAAGCUCAAAAUUUGGGGUUGUGAUGAUUUGAAAAAUAUUGGAGCCUCGUCAUUAUCUUUCCAAAAUCUCACAACUUUGGAGGUGUCAAAUUGCACAAUGAUGACAAAUUUAGUCACACCCUUUGUAAUUGAGAAUCUGGUGCAAUUAACAAAAAUGAGGGUGAGCGGCUGCACUGAAAUGACAGAAAUAGUGACAAAUGAGGGAGACUAUCAUCAGACAAUAGUUGUCAGGAAAUUGAAAUGUUUAGAUAUAAGAGACCUACCAAGGCUCACAAGCUUUUGUCCAGGGAGUUACACCUUCAACUUCCCUUGUUUGGAAGACGUAGUUGUGCAAAUGUGUUGUAGAUUGAAGAUCUUUUCUGAGGGAGUUUUAAGCACCCCGCAAUUACAAAGAGGUGGAUUCAAUAUCCUAUUUGAUCGGGACAUCUCUGACACGUUUCCAAAGUUGAUAGAAAUAUGGAAAAGAAACCCUCAAGAAAUUUUGGAGUCGAAGAACCUUGUCAGAAUGGAGAUUUAUAAAUGUAGCAGCUUGAACUAUAUUUUUACCCCGUCUAUGCUUUUGAGCCUGAAGCAACUAAGAAUCAUAGAAGUAAAAGAAUGCAAUGCAAUGGAACAAGUGAUCAGGGAAGACGAGGAUGGAGCAACCAUACAUAAUUUGAUAUUUCCUAACUUCUGCAUUGUAAAAAUAGAGACGUGUUCCAACUUGACAAAUUUUUAUUUGGGAAGUCGAUCUCUUGAAAUUCCAAAUUUGCAGCAUAUUACGAUAGCUGAGUGCCCUAAAAUGACGGCAUUUUCUUCUACAAUUUCAAGAAAGAGUGAAAAAGUGAUUGACGAUGUUAAGUUUAGUUCCCAUGCAAAGGCUCGAGGCUUGCUAUUCAAGCAAGAUACAAAACAGCCUGUUAUUGUCUCUUUGUUCCAACAAUUGUCUUCAAUGGAGAUGGCUUCCACAUAUGGUGGUCAAGAUGAAGACUUACCUGCAGCCUUUGAUCUGUGGGAAGUUGUUAACACAGAUGUCGAGCCAGACCACCGAGGCUAA